AGUUACUAAAAGAGCUGUGAAAAUAGAGAAGUGUGAAAAAAUUAUGCGAUUUCUGAGAGCUUGAAAAAAAAACAAAUGAAAAGAGAUGAAGGCUUUCAUCAGUUUCUCAGCUCCAGCUUUAUCCAAAACUUCCACCAAAACUUCAGCUGGAAAAUGUGGGAAUCGUCUGUGCGAGUGUUUGAAGAGUGAAUCGUGCGAAGAAUAUUCACAGAAUGAAGAUGAAUCUCGGGAUUCCUUUGGAGAAAUUUCUUUUGCUGGUGAAGAAGAUUUGGGAUCAGGGAAGAAAUUAUCUCUGUGGGAGACGAUUUUGAAAGAAUUCAAAGAGGAGAAAGAAGAAUUCGAAGAAUGGGAGAAAGAGCAUGAGGAAUUGAAAUCCGAGAAAACUCCAUGUGAAGCUCUUGAAUACCUGAAUAAUGAGAUUUUUCCAAUUUUGCUGCCUGGAAUGGAGAAAAUGUUGAGAGAAGCCCGAAAAUGGAACGCAAUCGAAGAUCCGAAAUGCCUAUUCAACGGUUUGGAUUAUUUAGCUGAAUACCUGUGGAACAAAAAUCCUGAACACCCUGAGAGACAAUCCAAUUGGAUCGGAGUAUUUGAAAUUCCACCGUUCAAGCAUUGGUUGAGCUCCAACCCUAGGCCGAUCUAUCCGAAGUCGUGGCUCUGGACUCGAGGAGAUGCUGCAUCCAUCAUUCAGAGAAAUGUUCGUGGGUGGAUAGUGAGAAAACGGAGGGACGUUCAGGAAUUGAGAGAAUUCUGGAAGGCUCUUGCUGCAGAACGAGCAGAACGUUCAUCAGUUCUUUCAAUUAAUUUAGGUACAAUGACAGAAAAGCAUCACACCUCGGUGUCUCAAUAAAUCGGAAAUAAUUACCAAAUAAUGAUUUUU